AUGGGUACGAUUUCUCUCAAACAUGCUCCUUGGUUUGUGGAGGCCCUAUCCACUAAUCGAAUUGUCACUGUAGCGCAGCAACCUGCCGGCAAUGGCUUGUCGUACGCCAUCGUUCCCUUCAACGAUAUCAACAAGCUCCCUGCUUGUGCCAGGGCCUGCGGCCCUCUCUGGGAUGCCAAUGGCGCUUGUGUCCCUCCAGCCGUAGCUGCUGCCGAUGCAGGUACAUAUGAAUCCUGCUUCUGCGCUGAUUCAAGAGUUGCACCAUUUUCAACCGGCGGCGGAGCCAAUAUCUGCCCGAAUGCCUGCCCAGGUAACCCCCAGGGCUUGAGUUCGAUUGGAAACUGGUUCUCCAGCUUCUGCAAUGGAAAAGUCAAAACUACUCCUCAGACAGCGGCAACGAACCCAGCUGCCGCAACCAAUACUCCAGGCUCAGGGAGCGAUUCUGCCGGCAGCAACAGUGGAAAUGGUGGAGACUGGCUUUCUAAUCACUGGCAAUGGGUGAUUAUGCUUGUCAUUCUCGUCGUUGGAAUUGCCGGCAUUUGGAUCGGCGCAUGCAUCUGGCGUCGUCGAUAUCUGCGAAAGAAGGACCGACAAACCUCACUCGGCCAGAAGCACUCAGGGUCUGCCUCUCGUCCAUCGUGGGGCCCGGCCGUUACUGGUGCUGAGACUGCCGCACCUGUGGCAUACGAUGCCGGGCGUGAUACCGAGCAAGCAGUUGCCGGCGAAAAAGCAGAAAAGACUAAGCCAAAGAAGAAAUGGACAGUCACUCAGCGCACAUAG